GUUCACGGAUCUUGCCUCCUCAGCUCUCUUCUUUAUUACAACUUGUUGUCUCCUACUAUUUAACCACCCAACCGCUCUCUGCUCUUCCUCUACAUACCAAUUAACCACUUUACAUACACACAUACAACCUCAAAAUCCACAUAAUCUUUACGACUUUAAUCCCAUCGAAAUGGCUUCCUGGGUACGAGCAAUCACUACUCCUUUCAGGAAAGCUCGCACGUUGUUCAAUCAUCAGCCCAGAGACAAGAACUCCCAGCAACAACCUGGCGAAUAUGAGAGUAGGAUGACAGCAGAUUUGCAUGGUGAAGUUAUGGCUUGUGGAUAUGAAGAUGUUCAUGUGAUGUGGUCAAUCUUGGACAAAUCCCGGCCCAGAAGCUUGCAGUGUUAACCCUUCUUUCAAUCCUGGCCAUACCGUUUCAAUACCUGGUUCAGAUCAUUCUCGGGUUUAUCAACUGUCUCAAACUGUUGAGUUUAGCAUUUUUUUUUUUAAUCCAAUAGUUUGGAGUCUAUUAGUUUUGUAUAUGGAAUUGAUCAAUCUUGUUAAUGUGGUCGGAAGAAGUUGACGCCCAAAACAAGAAGAAAAUUGGUGGCAA